CCUCAGGUGUCAGUGGCACACAACACAGCCAGGAAGACCAUGGCGGACACGGGCGACGAGAAGGUCUCCAAAAAUACCAGACAUUCCAGGUGAGCACCUGGUAUUAGCAACAAUGAGGAAGGAGUUGUUGGAGUUUGUGAGGAGGGCGGUGGUCCAAGGAGCACUUGGAGCCCCAUGGGCCAGGAGUCAGUGUAUGGCCAACGUCUCCCCGAGCAACAACAACCUCUUAUUCUCUACCAGUAGUGAGCAGAAAAGAAGACUAAAAGCAGAGAAGAAAGCCCAGGAAAAGGCAGAAAGGGAAUCCCAAAAACCAGUCGAGACUAAGAAGGCAAAUGAAGAAGAAAUCAGUGCUAAUGAGUACCUGAAACUGAGGACCCAGUAUGUGCAGCAGCAGAAAGAUGGAGGCAAGGUCAUGUACCCCCACAAGUUCCAUGUCUCCACCUCACUCGCCGAAUUCCUCAAGACUUUUGACGACCUUGGACCAGGGGAUGAAGGCAAGGAAGAGGUCUCCGUGUCAGGAAGAAUUCAUGCUAUCAGAUCAAGUAGUCAAAAGCUGCGGUUUUAUGACUUGCGAGGAGAAGAUGUUAAAUUACAGGUUAUGGCAAAUAUGAGAUCUUAUGGGAAUGAGGCAGACUUCUUACAAGAUUGUGACAAAAUUCGUCGAGGAGACAUCAUUGGUGUCACAGGUAUUGGUGUACGCACCAAAACAGGCGAGUUAUCCAUUAGACCCACAAAAAUCCAGGUUUUGGCUCCCUGCCUUCACAUGUUGCCACACCUUCAUUUUGGCGUCAAGGAUCAAGAGACCAGGUAUCGGCAGAGGUACCUUGAUCUCAUCAUUAACUCUGACAUUCGCAAGAAGUUUAUUAUCCGUUCCAACAUUGUAUCUUAUGCUCGGAAAUUCUUUGAUGAUUUAGGUUUCUUGGAAGUAGAAACUCCAAUGAUGAAUAUGAUUGCUGGAGGAGCAACUGCCAAACCCUUUGUCACUCACCAUAAUGAACUCAAUAUGGAUCUCUUCUUGAGGGUUGCUCCAGAGCUUUAUCUAAAGAUGCUGAUUGUUGGUGGCAUUGAUAGAGUUUAUGAAAUUGGGAAACAAUUCAGGAAUGAAGGCAUUGACCUUACGCACAAUCCUGAAUUUACAACCUUGGAGUUUUAUAUGGCAUAUGCAGAUUACAAUGACUUGAUUGAGCUUACAGAAAAAUUGAUAUCAGGUAUGGUGUACAGCAUCUUUGGUUGUUAUAAAGUGAAAUUCCAUCCAACUGGUUCAGAGGGUGAAGAAUGGGAAAUAGAUUUUAAGCCCCCUUAUAGAAGACUAUGUAUGUUCCCAGAGCUUGAGAAAGCCCUAAACACAAAACUACCAGAACCAGACAAGCUGAACACUGAAGAAGCUCGCAAGGUACUAAGUGACCUCUGUGAAAAACAUGGGGUAGAGUGUCCAGCUCCUCGUACAUCUGCCCGACUCUUGGACAAGUUGGUAGGAGAUCUUUUGGAGGAACAAUGCAUUAACCCAACAUUUAUUAUGGAUCAUCCACAGGUUAUGAGUCCACUUGCAAAGUACCAUCGCUCCAUUAAGGGUCUCACAGAGAGGUUCGAACUCUUUGUUGCCAAGAAGGAAAUUGUCAAUGCCUACACCGAAUUAAAUGAUCCGUUAGAUCAAAGGUUGCGAUUUGCUCAGCAGGCCCAAGACAAGGCCGCAGGUGAUGAUGAGGCACAAAUGGUAGAUGAAAACUUUUGCACAGCCUUGGAAUAUGGUCUACCUCCAACAGGAGGCUGGGGUAUGGGCAUUGACCGUAUGACCAUGUUCCUGACAGACUCGUAUAACAUCAAGGAAGUUCUCUUCUUCCCAGCCAUGAAGCCUGAUAAUCCAAAUAAGAAUCCAUCUGAUGAAGGAAAUAAGGAGAACCAUCCAGCAUCAUAAAAAGUGUCUCGAACACAGUUUCUUGCUACCAAAGUGCUUAACAUUGGCAAAACAACAAGACUAUAAAUUAGGGAUCAGGAUUUUGUACCUAUUAUUGUCAUUAAUCUCGGUAAUUAAAGAAUGUAUGUAAAUAACUGUAGAAAGUAAAGCUUCCUGAUGAAAAAUAAAAAAAUUUGGGGGUGUAUUCAGGGAAAAUUUUGUGUUCUGUGUAACAGUUUUAUAUUGCCACUUGACCAAACUUGUACAUGUUAUUAAAUUAUAUUUAUUAUAUGUGGUUCUCAACACUG